AAGAAUCUUGAUUCUUCUCAUUGGAAUUUUUUAUGGGUCUUUACAUCUCGAUGCACGUUUGUCGCGGACACCAAGCCGUUGGGGUGGUGGUGAGAUCGGUCGAGGGUGAACGCAUAGUUGCACCGAGGGCAGCAACGAAGUACUCUACUAGUAAACUAAACCGCUUAUCGGACGAAUACCUCAACGUUACCAAAUGCCAAGGAGAAAUUCCGCUACUCUUCACUGAAAACUGUUGCCUGUCGACGAAAAGACCUCCGCUUAUGUUACAAAGUACAAGAUACUUGGUACGCAGUUCGUUAAGGAUAAUGUCCUUCCGGAGAAGAGAAGAAGAGGAAGAAAGGGAAAGGAGACGCGUGCGGAUCUCGCGUUGGGUAAAGCGUGCAUUAUUUACACCGUCAGGGACGAGCACCGCCGUUGCUGGCAAGUUUGCACUUGAGUCCAUUAUUACUCCUGCCUUGCGUGGAUUAUUCCGACAGCUUAACGCUCGACCGUUAAGUAAAUCCUGUCCCACGAGCUCACCCUAGACCGUUACAACAUGACACUUUACCCAGA